UUUUCAUCUCCAUCGUCCGAUCAAUAAUAGUUCCUCGGACUACCGCCGCCACCACCUCUUCCUCUUCAACCUCCAUCCAGUUCAUCUGUGUCGACACAAGUCAUACUAGAUCUGUUCUGCUUUUUCCCUCUCUUUCGUCCCAUUCAUUCCCCGCCGCCCCCGCCUUGAGCGCCGCCAACAAGAAAUCGAUUCGUGGUUCCAUCACACACACACACACACACUUAUUACGACCUUCUCGUUUCUCAAACAACCACACGCACGCCAUGGUCUCUAUCGUCGACGCCGAGCAGGCGAGGAAGUUGUCGCUUUUUCGCCCUCUAGGCUACCAACGCAACUCGUGUGGCUACUGUAAAUCUGAAGACGGCAGUGCCUCCUACUACACUAGCUCGGUUUCUGUACGACCGGCGCAUUAUGAGGCCCUCGUCAACCGGGGGUGGAGAAGAUCGGGCACGCUGUACUACAAGCAGAACCUGCAGCGGUCCUGUUGCCCGUACUAUACCAUGAGGCUGGAGGCAUCGGACUUCAAACCUCGGAAGGACCAACGUAAGGCUGUGAACCGCUGGAACAAGUUUGUCCUUGGUCCUGAAUACAUCCGUCGCGCCGCAUAUUUAUGUCCCAAGACACGGGAGGAGAAGAAGAACCGCAAGUGCCAUUUCGACGUUGUGACGGCCGUCCACGAAGCCGAAUACAGCAACGUGAAACGGCCCAUUGAUCCCCAGACGAAGAAAUACCUCGAGCCUGCGCAUCGAUUUGAGGUCAACCUGGAGGGUGACUCCAUCUCUCAGGCCAAGUUCGACCUCUUCCGCAAGUACCAGACGAAGGUCCACAAGGAAGACGUUUCCAAAUGGCAGACCAAAGACUUCAAGCGGUUCCUCUGCUCAGGGCUGACACGCUCACCCGCUGACCCCAAGAAGUCGGACGAGAAAAAGCUUGGGUCGUGGCAUCAGUGCUACCGUCUCGACGGCAAGCUUAUCGCCGUGGCUGUCUUGGACCUCAUGCCGAAUGGAGUGAGCUCCGUCUACAUCUUCUAUGAUCCAGACUACGAACAAUGGGAAUUCGGUAAAUUGAGCGCGAUGCGGGAGAUUGCCUUCGCGGUAGAGGCUCAGUACCCGUAUUACUACAUGGGGUACUAUAUUCACACCUGUCAAAAAAUGCGCUACAAGGGCACCUUCCGACCCCAAUAUAUCCUAGACCCCGAGUCCUACACCUGGGAUCCGCUCGAUGGCGAGCUCGCCCAGAAGCUCGACACUCGAGCCUACGUCUCCCUCUCUCGGGACCGACAAGCAGCAGCCACUACUACCACCGACAAGAAUACCGCCGACCCUGACACCGCCGACGCGGAGAUUAACGAUGAGGAGAUGUCUCUCUUCGACCUGCACAUGCCCGGCGCGUUGACCCUCGAUGAAGUGAAGGCGCUGGAUUUGGACCACUGGUUGCUUCUGGUGCAUGGAUCAUUUGUGCACAUGAUUGAUCUCGUUGGUUGGGAGCGAAUGCCGCUGGACAACCCACAGUCCGUGAAGGGGAUCGUCGCGGAACUGGCGGCCGUACUGGGCCCGGAGGUCUUCAAGGAGAGUGCGGUGGUGUUAUUCGAUUAAAUGCGUAGUUGUAGAUAAAGCAUUGGGGCAACAGUGCCAAUACAUGCGCGUAGUACGAAUCUUAAUCGGUCAACGGCAAUAAUAUCAAAAAUACAC